AUGCCCAGACUAAUAUCCACCCUCUCCCGCAUCCUCAAAUUCAUCCUCUACUCCUACCUCACCCUCAUCGGUCUCUGGGCCUUUCUCCCUUCUGUGCGCGUUUCAUCUCAGCAUACAAAUAAAUACAUUUCAGAUGUCCUCAAAGCUGGGGAAUUGCUGCACACAGUCUAUCCAUGGGAUAGAUCGUUUGAAGCUGCUUCGGUGACUUUCGAGCCUGCGAAUGCGCUCUAUCCGGGUUCGCCCAGGCAGUGGGCGAGAGUCAGGGGGGUGCCGAGUAGUGAUUGUACGCAUGUACUUGCUGACUGGAAAGUCGUCAGCGGAAUCGGUGCAGCAGCAAGAGAGUUGGUGAUUGGGGUUGGUCGUGAUCUCAGGACGAGACUGAAUCUGACGGAUGCCGCACUCAAAGUCCGGGAUGGCAUGCUCCGCAACGAGAAUGUAAAAACUGAUGACUUGGUGAUUUUCCUCGAUGAGGAUGACGGGAGAGACGAGACGGUUUAUAUCAGCGACACGAUCACUGUGCAAGUUGAUUCCGGCGGAAGGGAUCAUAUCAUUAAUCUCCCCUGGUUCAGUACUCCAGAUGCAGCGUGGUUCCAUAACCAGAUGCACGGAUUCACGUACGACAUGGACAUCAGGCUCGUCGCGCGCCAACUCACAGCUGACGAUAAGUCGAUUGUUGUCGAAAUCUGGAAAUCGGCCCCUGUGACGGAAUGGCUGAGACUGCGGUACGAAAAGGAGCAAUUGACACUCAACCCGAACUUUCCUGUAACGCCACAGAAAGACGGGGAAAGUGUCAAAUUUGUGAAGAAUAUGUUCAGGAGCGAGGAGCAUUAUUCGAAGGGCCUGUUGGCGUCGUUUGUCGAUGAAUUGAGACGCCCACACCUGUCGCAUUCGUCCGUGUGGGAUGUUAGGAUGACGUUUCGCAAUGCGGAACUUACCACUAGAACGUACUGGAUACGAUCCGCGCUUCUGUUUGUGUUGGCGCCGAUUUUGAUGGUCACUUUCGCCCUGUUCGAGAAUCUGAUUGAGUUUCUGUCGGUGUUGGUCUGUACUGAGAUCUUGUCUCUGGUGGUAUGUUACUGUGUUGUUGUGCUCGUCUCGUGGGUCAUUUAUAAUAUUCGCUAUCGCAACUCUGCGCGUCUCAACGCGGCAGAUGGGAAGGAAGGCCAGGGCCGGAAAAUGGGGUUCUUGGAGUGGUCGGCUAAGGGGAAGAGGAGGGGGUACCGGAGCGAUGAGAAGAGAGGCAAGAGAGUUGUGAUUUGGGGACCGAGUGGGCCUGUUUAUGAGGAUGGCGGUUAG